AACUCUCUCAAAACACAGAUUUUUUCGAUAAGGAACAAAAUGAAAUGUCUUUAAUACCCCUUGUAUAAUUUUAAAUUUUGUCAAAUACCUAUGAAAUUUGAAAAUAGACAAAUACCCCAAAUUAUGAAAAGUCAAUCAAAUUGUCCCCUUGAUACUGCCGGUCAGAGCCUACAUCAGGAAGGGACAAUUUGAUCGACUUUUAAUAAUUUCAAAUAAUAUUUACCUAAUUUCAAAUUUCAUGAGUAUUUAACGAAUUUUAAAAUUUCAAGGUAUUCGUAUAAUAAUUGUUUGGAGGGUUUUAUUGACUUUUGACCUCGAGCUAAAUAAUUUUUUCACUUUGUUAAUUUUUCCCCUUUGCGUCUGUAACCUAAUUUCGGUUCGGGUUGAUUUUCCGAUGUACGGAUCGGAGAAUAACCGGGAAGAUUCGGAGCCAACGGCUUUCAGAAGAGCUGAGAAGAAUUACAAGCUCUACUACGAUAACAAUGCUUCAUUCAAGAACAAAAAGAAUAAAAAACCUAAACCUGUGGACUUAACGGAAGUACUUGACUUCAAAUCAAUUCUAGAAUGUCAUCACCGGAACGGUGAGCUUCCUCAUGGUGUUAUUGCUCUUCAGGACAAGUUCAAUUCUCCAGUGUUCUCUUUGCAGAAUCACCCUGGCUUUUAUUUUAUCCCUGGGGCAUUAAGCAUAGAGAAACAAUGCGAUUUGAUAAGGGAGAGUUUGGUUGAUUUUCCGCAGCCACCUAACAGAACAAAUCACAAUGCUAUAUAUGGUCCUAUACACAAUUUAUUUCUUGCGGCUAAAGAAGGGAAAGUUUUGGUUGAAGAGAAAUCUCUAAUUACUUCGAAUGAACCUAGUCUUGAUUCCGGUUGUAGGGACGGUGAGGAAUGGAAGUUUACCACGGAAAAGGAAGCGUCCUUGAGAAAAUGCAAAUCUGUUUCUGGUUCUUCUUUGCUGCGAAAGUUGCGAUGGAGCACCCUUGGCCUACAGUUUGAUUGGUCUAAUCGAAAUUAUAAUGUGUCUCUCCAACAUAACAAAAUCCCUGAAGCACUGUGUGAGCUUGCCAAACAAUUGGCAAAACCUGCAUUGCCUGCUGGUGUUGAAUUCCAGCCUGAAGCUGCAAUAGUUAAUUACUUCGCAUCAGGGGACACACUUGGUGGCCACCUUGAUGAUAUGGAAGCAGAUUGGAGUAAGCCCAUAGUUAGUUUAAGCUUGGGCUGUAAAGCUAUUUUUCUUUUGGGAGGAAAAUCUAGAGAGGAUGCUCCCAUAGCGAUGUUUCUUCGAAGUGGUGAUGUUGUACUCAUGGCUGGAGAAGCAAGGGAAUGCUUUCAUGGUGUUCCUCGGAUCUUCGCUGAUAAAGAAAAUGCUGACAUAGGCCAUCUGGAGACACAGCUGACGCAGGAAGAUGAUCUUUGUUUCCUAAAAUAUAUUCAAACUUCAAGAAUCAACAUCAAUAUCAGACAAGUUUUUUAAUUAGCAUUUUCAUCUUUCAAAGUGAAAUUUUGUUAUAUUAUGAGAAAAGAAAAGAUAUAUCAUUUCUAUUGUAUCAUGUCCAGCUCCAGCAAACCUCGUGGUAAUAUCUGCUUAUGCUUGCAUGCAUUGUGGCAAGGUUUGCAAUAUUGUACAAACAAUCCAAAUUAACAACUUAUUUGCAUCUUGUAGAUGAUGUCUUGUCUAUCUCAUGUAAUACUUGAAUACAGACUCAACAAUGUGAGAAUUUAGCUUACACAUAA